AUGGACCCAGCCGAGCAGCCCGACCAGGUCCGCGUCGUCCCAGCCAUGGCGAUCGUCGACUCGGGGAUAGCGCCAGUGCCGUCGCACAGGCCUUCAUCGCGUCUUGCGGGCGGUGGAGCUGCUGCAGCGCGAGCGCAUGUUCCAGGUGCACGCGCGGCAGCUGCGGAAAGCGCUCGCAGGCCUGUGCCAGCAAGGUCAGCGCCUCCUCGGUGCGCUGCACCCGUUGCAGCUGGCGCGCCACCGCCACCGGCCCCUGCCAGAGGCCCGGCCAUUGGGCGGCCAGCUCCUGCAGCAGCGCCAGCACCUCUUCGGCCGUCCAGCCCUGCCCCGCCUCGGUCUGCAAGGUCAGCAAGCCAUCACCCAGCAGCACCUGACGGCGCAUUUCCGCAGCGAGGAAGUCGACGCCCUCGCGCGCCUGCUGCGGCGUGGGAGCGGCGAGCAGGCGCUCCACGGCCGGCUCGAACUCCGCGUCCAGCCGCAGGCAGGCUUGUAGAUGCGGCAAGGCCUCGGCGUAGCCGCCCCGUGACGCGUGGCAGAACGCGAGCACGUUGUGGCUCACCGCCAGCCCGGGCGCGAGGGCCAUCGCGGUUUCGGCCAACGCCACGGCAUCGUCCAGGCGCUCCUGGCGGGCCGCCUGAACGGCGCGCUCCCGUUGCAGCCAGGCAUGUCCGGGGUGGUAGGCAUGCAUCAGGUCGAGCUGGCGGUUGA